AUGGAGUAUUAUGGACGUCUUGCCAAGAUGUGGGAAGAGCUAGAUAUGUACAAACCAGUUCCAGCCUGCAGUUGUAGUGCUGCUAUUGAAUAUGAGAAGGAACGAGAACAAGAGAAGGUUCAUCAAUUUGUUAUGGGUCUUGAUGAGUCUCGCUUUGGUGUUGUCUGUCAAGGGAUCAUAGCAAGUGAUUCAGUGAUAGAUCUUGGUGAUGCUUAUGCCAAAGUAGUUCGCGAAGAACAGAGACUCAACUCCUCGAAAGAUAGAGAAUCUCAGCAGAAUGCGAUUGGGUUUGCUGCAAAGAAAGAAAACAUUGACUCUUCCAACGCAGCUCAGACACGUCGUACCAAUCUUCAGUGCUCACAUUGUAGCCGGAGUGGACACGAGAAAUCUAACUGCUGGCAAUUGGUAGGCUUUCCAGAUUGGUGGGAAGAAAGAUCAACAAACAGAGGAGAUAACAGAGGAUCUAGAGGUGGUUGCGGUCGCGGUGGUUUCAACUCUGAUCGCAACAGAAACUCAAGUACACGAGCUAACAGUGCUCAAGCUACUACAUCAAACUCUUCUUCCUUUCCAGUGUUUACAAAAGAACAAGUGAGAGCUCUAAUGCAGAUGAUCAAUGACAAAACCAAAUCAUCUGAUAAGCUGUCGGGUAAGAAAAUAUAUGGUGAUCUUAUCCUUGAUACAGCUUCUCAUCACAUGACAGGAGCUGUCUCGUUACUAGAGAAUGUCAAGAGUAUUCCGCCUUGUCCAGUUGGAUGUGCGGAUGGGAACAAAACUUAUGCUACUCGCAUUGGCACAUUCACCUUAUCGGACAAAAUAACACUUAUCAAUGUGUUAUAUGUUCCGAACCUUAACUGUUCUCUUAUCUCUAUGUCUAAGUUGUUACAUCCAAACUGUUUUGGUCUUAGAACAGACACUAUUUGCAUCUUACAGGAUCAUUUCACGAGGACGCUGAUUGGAGCAGGUGACGAGCGAGAUGAGGUUUAUUUCUUUAAGGAUGUCAUGGCUGCGAGAGUUUCAGUUACUGAUACAGUUGUUAGUUCAGUGGAUCAGUUUCGGUGGCAUCAAAGACUAGGACAUCCUUCGUUGUCAGUGUUAUCUUCUUUAAAGUUGUGUUCGAUUUCGAAUAAAUCUGUUGCUCCAAGUCCUUGUGACACAUGUUUUAGAGCAAAACAGACUAGAGAAGUUUUUUAUGACAGUUCUAAUAAAACUACAGAAUGUUUUGAGCUUAUACACUGUGAUGUUUGGGGUCCUUACCGUACUAGAUCAUCAUCGGGAGCAGUUUACUUUCUAACAAUCGUAGAUGAUUAG